AUGAAUCAAACCCAGGGCUCCCAACGCAGCCUUACCCGGGAACCUGAGCGUACCCAGCCAAACCAGCCGGAGCACUCCCACCACAGUGUCCCAAUCCAGCCUAGGCCCAGCAAGGGUAAAUGCCUCCUCCAUCCAGAGACGACCAAGUCGCGGCUCCUCCACAUCUCCCCGCCAAGGAACCGACCCUAUGAACUAACAAAGGUCUACAGGGAUUGCAGGGACCAUAUCCUGGACCGUCAGACGGAACCCCCUCUUAUCCCCCUUAAUCUCCAAGACCCAAAGGUGACACACCUAGGCCCCCCACCAAAACCUACCCAACUACCCCCUGGAGAAGGUAUAGGGGACUUGGAGAACUGGGGGCAGGAUUACUUAGAAGACUACGAGUCUUAUCACACCGAGGCGUUCGAAGAAUUUUAUCCAGCCCAUGACCACCUACACACCGGGACUCUCCCUCAUACCGAUCGGGAAAUGAGACUUCUCUUUGAGAAAGUCCGGGGCUUGGAGAGCGAGCAAUAG